AGGUUCUCUACAAUUCACAGUAUUUAUAACCUCUCAUCCCUCUCUUCUCUGCUGUCUGUUCUCAACUUCUAAUGACGUCUUGAGUUCAAUGUCUAUGACGCUCCGCGAUAAAAGCUCCGGAGAUAUCGCAUCGACAGAACCAUUUGUUCUCCAUUUACACUCAAUCGGGUAAGCUUCUCGAAAUCUAGUCAGAUCGAGAUGCAAUGAGCGAAAGUUGGAGAUAAGUGGCCGUCUUAAAACCGUGGAUCCAAUGACGUCGACGAGAUUGGCGAACUGACGUUGCAACGAGAUUGAGUAGUAUUCGGGGCCCUACGUGAUAAUUCCGAUUAAACUAACACAUACUCCUCGAUGAGAGGAUAAAUCGACUCGUACAGCCUGCAUCUCUGAUCCAACGCCGUUUGCUCGAUGAUUGAAGGUCCUGACGUUUGGGUCCGUCCGACAUCUCCCAGGUUCGCAACAUAUCUCGAUCCAACGGGCCAGCCUGGUCCAGCUUGCGGGUUUCUGACGAAUUUCCCCACAAAUCCUCGAAGAUACUCCGCAAAUGUGUACAGUUGUGGUGACAUUGCGUCAAAGGUUGGUGAACUGAAGAGUAGGAGGACGUCCAAGCCGUGAAAUUUGCCUAGCCAGGAGUAUUUGUCGUCUAAAAGGCUUGUGACCGAGGCAUUGAAGUAGAAUCGCCAUGUGGGAUUGACCGAGGCUGAAAUGUUGGCGAGGAUGGCUUGGGGCUGGGUGUGUUAGCUGUGAAGUCGGAAGCAUGUGAACUUACGCAUUGCCAGACAAAGUCUGUAUAGAUUGCUGCAGCAGUGUCAAAGUCGGUCUUGAUGGGGUGGUAAGCCUCAAGAAUUUGCGUCUGUUGGGUUUUGUUGACCAGUGGCUCAGAGAGAUAGGCCCCGAACAAUGUCUCGAGCGAGAUGUUUCUGUUGAUCAGUCCUCUGCCUUCCUCGGCGACCGUUCCCAUGAGCACAGGCACUCGCGCAACAUCUCCGCUCCUCCAUCUUUCAGCUUUGCCACUCAGAAUUGUCACAUUGUCGGUUAUCGGCAGAAACGCAUUUCCAGCUGUACUCAUGGCAUUGACGAGGUUGUCUGCUGGUACAUCUCGCAUACACUGUAGCUGGUCUGGUCCUUGACAGCCAACUGCAGUUGUCAGAUUAUCCCAGUACGGAGUAUCAUGAUGCCUGGCAGUGCCUCCGAGAUAUCCAACAGACAUUUGGCCAGAAAACAUCAUUGCGGCGCGGAAUGGAGAUGCGUGUCGGUUAACAUGCAAAUCUACAGACAUGGCGCCUGCAGAUUCACCCCAGAUGGUGACUUUGUCUGGAUCACCCCCAAAGGCACGAGCAUUCCGUUGAACCCAUUCGAGAGCGAGCUGCUGAUCAUGGAUGCCGAGGUUUAUCUCUGAAACUGGUAUGUCUGGAGAGUUUGGGAACCCAAAGACUGUCUUGUUAGCAAUGCUCACAAGCUAGAGCCGACUUACCAUUUGUUCUGUAAUUGAAGGUAAAGACGACGAUGUCUUCAUACGCCGCGAAGCCGCUGAGCCCUUGAAGGGUGAGGGUCUGCUGGAGCGAAGGCAUUGAUGAAGAGACAGUCUUCACUCUCACGGGAUGCUGUAUUGAACAGUCCUUUGAGAAGAUCAAUCUCUGGUGUGAGUUCUACAUCGUUAGCUUCAUUCCAUGAAUUAUAGACAGACUCACCACUUUGGACAAAUAGUUGUCUACAUGAAGGACCAAACACGGUCGCAUUCAACAACCUUGUCCAUGGUUCAGGCUUCGUUGCACGGCUGAACCGUUCUGGUUUGGCGGCAUACGGAAUGCCGAGAAACUUGUUCACGGGCGAAGCAGCAGGGAGAGUUGUGGUGAGACCAAAGAUUGGGCCUGAGUCGAGGGUAGCUGUUGGAGUUUCAGCACCGACGUAGAUUGGGAGCCAAAGUCGUGACAAUGCGAGAAGUUUCAUAAUUGCCGCAUGGCAGGAAUGAAGUCGCCAUGACUGAGGGUGCCAUUUAAAUAUUCCAUGGAUGUUCGGGUUGAGUGGUUGAUGAAAUGAUCAUUACAUUAGGUGUCCGUAUUGCUCGGGUUCAUGGUUGUCGACACGGAAUACGACGAAUGCGAUAUCACCCACGUCAGCAACCGACGAUCAAUUCAACAUAAGCAUAGGCAGAACCUGAGCAUCUGAUGUUGUCGGCCGUCGUAUUUGGGACAAACAGUGUGAGUGCAAAUCAUUGAAUUGAAACUAAGGUAUGGUCCAAAAAUGUCUGUGAUCAAGCACGAGCGGAGCGAGAAACGGCCCUCCGCCAGGAGCCCCCGGAGGGAUAUCCAUCAAACAUCAAUUGCAUCAAAUACAAACAAUCAUCGAUCAAGUCGCCCUCCUUUCACCCUUGGCUGCAUCCAAAGAUCUCUGCUUCUUCUCGUCAUUCGUAUCCUUUGCAAAGCUUGCAAUAUGCUCAGACACUUCAACCUUGUUGUACGGACCCGGAAUCGGCUCCCCGAUUGUCUGAUACACGGGCAACACACCCGUCCACGUCGAAUUCACCAAACUCUCAUUCUCCAAAUCACUCUUAUCAUCCGUCGUUGAUCCCGCACUGAUCUUGGCACUUGCCGAAGUGAUCUUGACCUUGAGGAUAUUCGUGCUCUGCAUCUCCGACGCCAACGGAGGCUGUCGUGUAUGCUUCCAACGAUCAGCCACAACACUGUUGCUGAUGAGUUCCAUCGCAUACAGCUUUUCUUCAUCGGAUUUGACAGUAGUCGCGUAGCCGUAGAUCACAGCGGAUCGAUAGUUGUAGUUGUGCGAAUACGUCGCCAGAGUCAAGACGAGUCCAUCAACGUGCGAUGCAGCAACACAAACGGGCAUUCCCUGGAUCUCUUCUCCAUCGACCGUCGAUGUCUGAGCCAAGUUCAUGAUCCUCGACGACACAUAUCCAUGAAGAUAUAGUUCCAGAGGAUCGCGCAGACUUGAACUCGGCCGGUCAAACGACCCCAGCUGUCCUAUCAUCGGCAGAACAACCGGAAACGGCUGAGAGGGUGUAUUGAACGAUAUAUGAAGGAUCGGACAUGUAUUGACGAUACUAUGGACAGUCUCGAGGUCAUAAACCCCGUGGACCUUGUACCGUUUGAUGGUAUUUGUCGAGUCUUUGGGGUACUGGAGAUUAUGACGGCCCAUUUUGUUUGUCUCUGACAAUGAUUACAAUUCCUACAAUACAAUAGGCCACCUUAUAUAGCCAUCCGUAUCUAUUCACAGGCUAGAACUGCCCCGAAAGGUAAUUAUUUGCGUGAUAAGACACCUCUAGCUCGAGUUGGCUGCACCGAGUGCGUCCCGGACCGGAAAAACCACAAACCCCACCUCCACAUCUUCUCGUGGCCACAGUGCCACACUCCAUCAUCAGGAUACCCCGCGACAUCAAAGUCGCAUCAAAUCACCAUGGUUCUUCAAGAUCUCGGCCGUCGCAUCAACGCGGCGGUCACAAACCUGACCCGAGAGCAAAAUCUCGACGAAAAGGCCUUCGAUGGCAUGCUCAAGGAGAUUUGCGCCGCUCUCCUCGAAGCAGACGUCAAUGUACGACUCGUCGGCCAACUACGGAAAUCUAUCAAGUCCACCGUCAACUUCAAAGAACUCCCCCCCGCCGUAAACAAGAAACGCCUCAUCCAGAAAGCCGUCUUCGAUGAACUCGUCAAGCUCGUCGAUCCCCACGCCGAACCGUUCCGACCGAAGAAGGGAAAGAGCAAUGUCAUCAUGUUUGUUGGUCUUCAGGGUGCUGGAAAGACGACCACAUGUACAAAGCUCGCGCGACACUACCAGUCCAGAGGUUUCAAGGCGUGUCUGGUUUGUGCCGAUACCUUCAGAGCUGGUGCUUUCGAUCAGUUGAAGCAGAACGCCACAAAAGCCAAGAUCCCCUACUACGGUUCCCUCACAGAAACGGAUCCCGCCGAGGUUGCGAGGGCUGGUGUCGACCAAUUCAAGAAGGAGAGGUUCGAGGUCAUCAUCGUCGAUACAUCAGGUCGCCACCGACAAGAGUCUGCCCUCUUCCAGGAGAUGGUGGAUAUCCAAGAAGCCAUCAAACCCGACGAGACUAUCAUGGUCCUCGACGCUUCUAUCGGUCAACAAGCAGAGUCACAAGCCAAGGCGUUCAAGGAGGCAGCUGAUUUCGGAGCCAUCAUCAUCACGAAAACCGACGGCCACGCACACGGUGGUGGUGCCAUCUCUGCAGUCGCCGCAACACACACCCCCAUCGUCUUUAUCGGUACCGGUGAACACAUGCUCGAUUUCGAAAAGUUUGCCCCCCAACAAUUCGUCCAAAAGCUCCUCGGCAUGGGCGACAUGGCUGGAUUGAUGGAGCACGUCCAGAGCCUCAACCUCAACCAGAAAGACACCAUCAAGCACAUCCAGGAGGGCAUAUUCACCGUGCGCGACCUCCGCGACCAGCUCUCCAACAUCAUGAAGAUGGGCCCCCUCUCGAAAAUGGCCGGCAUGAUCCCCGGCAUGAGCAACAUGAUGCAGGGCAUGGACGACGAAGAAGGCGGCGCCAAACUCAAGCGAAUGAUCUACAUCUGCGACUCAAUGACCGAAAAGGAACUCGACUCCGACGGCAAGAUCCUCAUCGAACAACCCACCCGAAUGACCCGAAUCGCACGCGGUUCCGGCACAUCAGUACGCGAAGUCGAGGACCUCCUCACUCAACAACGAAUGAUGGCAGGCAUGGCAAAGAAGAUGGGAGGAAACAUGAAGAACAUGCAGCGAGCCCAACAGGCCAUGGGCGGAGGAAACAAGGCACAGCAAUUAGCAGCCAUGCAAAAGAGGUUACAGAGCAUGGGUGGUGCCGGCGGUGCAGGCGGUAUGCCGGACAUGGGAAGCUUGAUGAAGAUGCUGGGCGGAGGAGGAGGCGGCAUGCCCGGUGGUAUGGAUAUGCAGGCCAUGAUGAGACAGAUGGGUAUGGGCGGCGGCGGCAUGCCUGGGAUGCCGCCUGCAGCAGGAAGAGGUAGAAGGUGAGCACGCAUUAAAUGGAAUACCGAUUGCCAGUCACUUUUGCCCCUGUCGACUACCUAGUAUAUGCAUCUUAAAAUUCAAGAUACCCUGACCUCAGGGCAAAGCUCCUGACUUUCCGAUGUGUCUCAUGAGUCUGAUGAGCUACUGAUCACACUACCUUGUCUACCGCGACAUGAUGUUUCCCUCCGGGGGCUCCUGGCGGAGGGCCUGUUCUCGCUUCGCUCGGAUUUGAUCAUAGGGAUCUCAGCAGGAUGUGAUGUAUCGGCUGCGGGAAUUGUACAUAAGAAGCAACCUCUGCCGAGACACCAUGACACUCCGUGUCCAACUUGAAGCACAACGUACGUUCGUUGUCAUAGCUGCAGCGAAGCUCUUAUCAUCAAGCUGAGUUGCUCUCAUAGUCUCAGCCUGUCAAACAACGUAAUGAGCUUCCAGCGGUACAGAAAAGUCUCUCGGAUCUCACCUCCGGAAUUGUAAGUCAUUCAUCGAUUGUGACAUGGCUAGGAAUUUAGGGACCUCCUCAUUGACCCCGGUUCGACAGACCUGUCAUGCUCAAGAAAGGAUGCUCAACUUGCGAUGACCAAGCUGCUUCUGACCUUACCAAGUCCGAGGCUUAUUCUGACAAACCAGGAUGCAAGUUUAUGGCCAAUUACGACACUACUGGUGCUGCUAAACCGUAGGUGAAGCCCUUGUCGAUAGAGUGCAAGAUUGUGACUGAUACAGUAAAGGUUAGGAGUAUCAGUGUGCGGUAUUUUGCCGUGGGAUAGCUCAAAAGGAAGAAAGGGGGCCUAUGAUAUCCAGGACUUUGUCUGCAAUAAUUCUGGCGCCAGGUACUUGGGUGUUUGCACGGCAUUGAUGUUAAUGCAGCUGUAGCAUUAGAGCACUGCUGUGAUGACUUUUCCGGUGGCAGUGAAUCAGAGGGUAGCUCAUGAAACUACCUACCCAUGGAAAAGCUCUUCAGCUUCUUCGUGAACUUACUUCUUCCAACCUUCAUAACCUCCAUGGCCGUACCCUUUCCCGGGGCGUGUUCAAAUCCUCCUGCAAGGUGGCCGGGGACGGGAAGACGCUUGCCCAGCUGGUUGAGGUACUAAAGAAAGAAAACCUACAACAGAGACGCGACCUGGACGAUUGUCAUGAAAUGAAAAUGAGGCAAAAGUGGGAAAACGAGAGGUUGAAGCUCAUGAUCAGAAGGUUCUAGGAGGAGCUCCUUGAGGAUGCUGAGAGGCAUACAAGGAUCACGAAAGCCUGCAGGGCCAAAGACUCUGAGGAGAAGGAGAAACUGCAAGAAGAGAACCGAGCUUUGAAGCAAGCAUUGGCCGAUGUUGAGAGCGCGAUUGCCCCUCUGAUCACUGGCGGGGUGAUAGACAGUAUAGUCGGGACACUGGCAGGGAGAAGUCCAAUACAUGUUCAUUUGGUGGCACUAAAUGCGUUUAUAUGUGAACUGGCAUAAACUCGAAGAU